AUGACCAACAACAUUGUUGUGCUCGGCGCUGGUGUCUCAGGCCUGACCGCCGCCCUGCUGUUAUCGAAGAGCAAAGGCAACUCCAUAACCGUAAUCUCCAAGCACAUGCCAGGCGACUAUGAUAUCGAGUACACCUCGCCGUGGGCUGGCGCCAACAUGCUGCCGACGUGGCCUGAGCUGAACCGUUUGGCCGCCGAGGUCCCCGAGGCCGGCAUUCACUUUCAAAAGAGCCGCGUCUUCAGACGCAAGAAGGACAUGGAGGCCGGCGGCAACCCCUACGACGCGCUCUACGCCGUCGACCCGUGGUACCGCAACGUCCUCCCGGACUACCGAGAGCUCCCAAAGGACGAGCUGCCGCCCAACGCCUACUCCGGCUCCGAGUUCACCUCGGUCUGCAUCAACACGGCGCUCUACCUGCCCUACCUCGUAGGCCAGUGCCGCAAGAACGGCGUCGUUUUCAAGCGCGGCGACGUAGCCCACGUCAACGAGCUGACGGCGCUGCACCACUCGGGCAAACCCGCCGACAUCAUCGUCAACAGCGCCGGGCUUCUGGCGUGCAAGCUGGGCGGCGUGGAGGACAAAAAGGUCAUCCCCGCGCGCGGGCAGGUUGUCGUCGUGCGCAACGAGGUCGAGCCGAUGGCCACCAUCUCCGGCACGGACGACGGGCCGACAGAGGUGUGUUACAUGAUGACGCGAGCGGCGGGCGGCGGAACGAUCCUGGGCGGGACGUACGACAAGGGCAACUGGGACGCCAACCCGGACCCCAACAUUGCGAUCCGCAUCAUGAAGCGGUGCGUCGAGCUGUGUCCCAGCUUGACGGGCGGCAAGGGUAUCGAGGCGCUGAGCAUCAUCCGCCACGGCGUCGGUCUGCGGCCGUACCGCGAGGGCGGGCUCAGGCUCGAGAUUGACAAGACGACGUUGGCGGAUGGCACGCCGAUUGUGCAUCAUUAUGGCCAUGCUGGAUGGGGAUACCAGGGGUCCUAUGGCACGGCUGAGGGUGUUGUUGAGUUGGUGAACAAGAUCCGGGCGGAGAAGGGGGAGAAUCUGGCUACUGAGCCCAAGCUCUUUUCCUGGGACCGACCGAGCAAAUUUUGCUUCUUACACCACAGUGUGACCUGUCCCCAAGAUGGCAAAGGCGGCACCGUGCAACUUGGACCCUGCAGCCACGAGUGCAACCUCCACCUGCCGUUCGCGACAGCUUUCAGAAGCUCCCCUGUGCAUCACCAAGCUUUCCGAGCCUGCGCAAUUCAGCCCGUGAAGCCUCACCAUGGCCGAACCAGCGCCCCCGAUUUACCCAUACCACCCGUCCUUCUUGCGCUGGAUGCCGUCCUCUGUGGGCUCAUCAUCUGGAAGAUCCCCUAUACCGAAAUUGACUGGGUAGCCUACAUGGAACAGGUCUCCCAAUAUGUAUCGGGCGAACGCGACUAUACCAAGAUCAAAGGCGGCACCGGACCUCUCGUAUACCCUGCCGCCCACGUGUACACAUACACGGGCCUAUACUACCUCACCGACGAGGGCAAGGACAUCUUCCUGGCCCAGCAGCUGUUUGCAAUCCUAUAUCUGGCGACUCUUGCCGCUGUAAUGGCCUGCUACUGGCAAGCAAAGGUCCCGCCCUACAUCUUCCCGCUCCUGAUCCUCUCGAAGCGCCUCCACAGCGUCUUUGUUCUGCGCUGCUUCAACGACUGCUUCGCGACCCUCUUCCUCUGGCUCGCAAUCUUCUUCUUCCAGAAGCGACUAUGGACACCGGGCGCGAUCCUAUACAGCUGGGGCUUGGGAAUCAAAAUGUCACUGCUGCUCGUCCUCCCCGCCGUGGGAAUCGUGCUCUUCCUCGGACGCGGCUUCGGUGGAAGUCUUCGCGCGGCAUGGCUCAUGGCACAGGUGCAAAUCGUCAUUGGGAUCCCCUUUGUCUCGAACAACGCCAAGGGGUACCUCGGUCGUGCAUUUGAGCUGUCACGGCAAUUCUUCUUCAAGUGGACGGUCAAUUGGCGCUUCGUGGGCGAGGAGACCUUCCUCAGCAAGCCCUUUUCAAUUGCACUACUAGGACUCCACGCGACGGCCCUGCUCGUCUUCGCCUUGACGCGGUGGCUCACACCCACGCAGAGACCCUUGUCGUCCCUCCUCCCGGCGAUGCUGCGGGGCAAGUCCCCCUUCUCGGCGCUGGAGGAGGCCCAGGUGGCCAGCCGGGUGACGCCGCGCUACAUCCUAACCACGAUCCUCUCGGCCAACGUCAUGGGCCUCCUCUUUGCCAGGUCUCUCCAUUACCAGUUCUACGCCUAUCUAGCCUGGUCGACUCCGUACCUCCUCUGGCGCAGCGGUCUCCCCUUUUACGUGGUGUAUAUCCUCUGGGCGGCGCAGGAGUGGGCGUGGAACGUCUACCCCAGCACGGACUUGAGUUCGGAGGUUGUCGUUGGCGUGAUGGCGGUCACCGUGGCGGCUACGUGGCUCGGCACGGCGGAUGAAGGUGCGCCGGCCGAAAAGCCGGAGUCGAAGAAGCGGUGA